AUGGCCACCCAUAUUCUUUGGAAACUUGGUCUUUCAGCAAGCUCUGUACUCGUUGCGUUCGGAUGUUGGAAGCUAGGAGAGCGAGUCUGGCACAAUCUUAGGUCGCCCCUGCGCGCACUACCAGGCCCAAAGGGAACGAGCUGGUUAUACGGGAACUUGAAGGACAUUUUCAUAGCAGAGAAUUCAGUGCUUCACGAGCAAUGGGUGCGGCAGUAUGGGACAACCCUGAAAUACAAAGGGUUCUUCUUUUCAGACCGAUUGUUCACGAUGGACACUCGUGCACUGAACCAUGUUCUCACCCAUAGUAGUGAUUACCAGAAACCGGCACAAGUCCGGUAUAAUCUGGCUAGAAUUUUGGGCGAAGGUGUCCUAUUUGUUGAAGGGGCUCAACAUCGUCAGCAGAGAAGGAUCAUGAACCCUGCCUUUGGACCCGCUCAGAUCCGCUCACUAACGGACAUCUUCAUCAGCAAAUCGAUCAAGCUUCGAGACGUCUGGUCUACUAUGACCGUUGCCAGUGAACACGCGGCUCGGAUAGAUAUCAUGCCGUGGCUGAGCAAAAUGACAUUGGAUGUCAUCGGGCUUGCAGGUUUCAACUAUGAGUUUGAUGCCUUGAAUGCGACCAAUAAACCGAAUGAACUUAACCAGGCCUUCUCGGUUAUGUUUUCUGCCGGUCAGCAGCUUAGCAUCAUCCCCAUACUUAAGGCAUGGAUUCCAUUGCUCCGAUGGAUCCCCUCUGAUCGCGAUCGCAAGAUAGAUGCAGCCCAAAAAACGAUGGGUCGCAUCGGCAGCCAGCUCCUGCAUGAUGCUAAAGCCGCUGUCGUAUCUUCUCACAACGCUGAAAAAGGUGGUUCCAUUGAGAAGAGCAGUCUUCAAGGGCGCGAUUUACUCAGUUUACUUGUUCGUGCCAAUAUGGCAACCGAUAUCCCGGAAAACCAGAGGAUAUCGGACGAGGAUGUACUUGCACAGGUUCCGACUUUUUUGGUUGCAGGACAUGAGACCACAAGCACGGCAACAACUUGGGCACUCUAUGCACUCUGCUUAUGCCCGGACAUUCAAGCCAAGCUCCGGGAGGAGCUCCUGACAGUGGAGACCGAGACUCCAUCCAUGGAUGAACUGGUGGCGCUCCCGUAUCUUGACGCGGUCGUGCGCGAGACACUUCGUCUGCAUGCCCCCGUCCCUAGCACAGUUCGCAUCGCGAUGAAAGACGACAUCCUCCCGGUCGACACGCCUUUUACAGACAAGUAUGGAGUGGUUCAUAAUGAGAUCAAGGUUAGCAAGGGCGACCCGAUUUUCAUCCCCAUCUUGGCAAUCAACAGAUCGGAAGCGAUUUGGGGAAGUGAUGCAAAAGAAUUCAAUCCUGACCGCUGGGCAUCACUUCCAGAGGUAGCUUCGCAAGUUCCUGGGGUUUGGGGACACCUCAUGACGUUCCUCGGUGGUCCGCGCGCGUGUAUUGGGUAUCGCUUUUCAUUAGUGGAGAUGAAAGCUCUCCUCUUUACCCUGGUUCGAGCUUUCGAGUUUGAGCUUGCUGUUCCUGCUUCGGAUAUCGGAAAGAGGUCGACGAUCGUGCAGAGGCCGUUCUUACGCAGUGACCCUGAGAACAAAAGCCAGCUUCCAUUGCUGGUCAAGCCGUAUCGCAAGACCUCAGGACUUUUAUAA